GACGCCUUCAGUCCGGGUCUCUAAGCAUCGGCCAUACUACUGUACAGUCGCCAACUCCUAUAACACUGCGGCGUUUGCUGGUGCACUGUAUCGUUUGUUGCUUCUUUCCCGCUUUUUUUCUGACGUUCGAAUAAUCUGGUUGACUAUGGUUAUUUUUUGCCGUACUCUUGUUCUGUGGUUUGAUUGACUUUGAUGGACAUUUAGUUAAUCACUGCUGUCAUUCUUGUAUGACUACUCUCAUUCGUCUUCCCUGGUCCUCGGCAUUCUUGCUGUAUAACGAAGCACCGAUCUUCGCCGACCUUCCUGAAACCGAAAACGCGUAAAUCGCACACGACCAGAAGCUACGAUUUAUAACUUUUGCAUUUCUAAAACACAGUGAUUCUUGUGCCUUCUAUUUUCUUGUCCUGAAAUACGUUGAGAUGGACUCAGGAAUGAAUUUUAUGCAAGUAUAUAAGGUAUUUUUGGCAGUUGUAAUGAUAUCGCUAAUGACAACAUCAGUUUCAAGUGAACCACAACGAUCGACACUUCGCACACCAGAUAAUCUUGAGGGACGUCAACUCCCAUCCAUACUGGGAGUCAUCAGCCCAGACACUAUGCCCGUUUAUUUUAGCUUCGUUGUCAUCGGCGCUUCUGUUAUUGCUAUUUUCGUGAUAACAGCAGUUCUGGUCAACCGAAAUAGUCUCCAGGGCCGUGAACUUGACCUCAGCCGUGACCUGAGGGACCUCACCUGGAGUGUCUACACAGCGCUCUCGAAAUCCUAGAAAUAUUAUAUUCAGAUGACGACCCA